AUGCCACCCAAAAAAGGUGACGCAAAAGCUGCCAAGAAAGGCAAGGCAGAGGAGCCAAAGAAGGGAGGAAAGGAGGAUAAGAAGGGAGGGAAAGAUGACAAGAAAGGGGGGAAGAAGACGGAGGAGCCACCAGCUAAGGGGAAGGGGAAGGAUGAUGGAAAGAAGGGAAAAGGAAAGAAACCUAUGAAGACUGAGGAGGAAGAAGAAGGUGACAGUGAGGAGGAAGUAGCACCCAAGAAGGGAGCAGAUAAAGGGAAAGGUAAAGCAGCCCUGAAAGGUGCAUCUAAGGCCAUGGCUAUGAAAGGUUUUAAGUCUCCUGGUAAGCGCUCUCCAACUGAUGAGGAGGAGGAAGUGAAGGGGAAGGCACAAACAAAGAAAGGUAUGGGUGCAAUGAACCUCAAAAAGAUGAGUGAUGUCCAUAUCAAAGGAGCCUCCAAGGCUAUGAUGGGCUUUGCCGCAGAAGGACAGAAGAAGACUGCAGGAGCAGGAAAACCACAAAAGACACUAGAUGUAAAGUCUCACCUCAAAGGAGCCUCCAAAGCCCUCUCAGGCAUCUCAGGAAAGUCUUCUCCCUUCAGCUUGCCCUCUAAAUCACAGCAGCCAGAAAAGGCUAAACCAAAGAGAAACCUUAAAAGCACAUCCCGUCUCUUCCUGCGACUCUCCAAGAAAAAGAAACCCCCUGCUGGUGGUAAACCACUUCUCGGCAGUAAUAAACUUUUUUCUGGUUUUGGGGGAAAAUCAGCUGAUAAAAAGCCUGGUCUGUCCGGUUUUAGCUUGUUUAACAAAAAAGAGGAACCUGCAAAAGAAACCACACCAUCUAAAAAGACAAUAAACCUAUCUGGUUUAGGGGGUCAAGGGAAAAUGGCAACAGAGGCAAAGGGACUGGGGGGGAAGUUUAAAGGCAUGUUUGGAAAAAAGAAGACAGGAUCACAGUUUAAGACUAAAGGCUGGAUGUUAGGAAGGAUAGCUGCAGCCACUAACUGGUUGACAGGGAGGUUCCUGACUUCUCAGGGCCAAGGUCGGCUUGGAGGAAGGGCAGGAAGACGGGGGAAAAAGAGCCUGUCAUUUGCUAACAGAGACACUAGAGGGAGACAGGCACAGUAUUACAACGAGGCCUAUGAGUAUGAUGAUGAGUACGGCUAUGACGAUUAUCACAACAGAGGGAGACAAAGAGGCUUCACGGGGCAACCUAUGAGCUAUGACCCAUAUGAUCCCUAUGCAGAGGACAUGGAUUACUAUGAUGAUGAAGAGUGGGAAGAUGAAUAUGGUUACUAUGAUGAUGAGGGCAACUUUUAUUAUGAUGAUGAGGUUUACUAUGAUGAGGAUGUGGAUUACUAUGGUUACCCUUAUGGCUAUUAUGAUGAUGAGUACGAAGAUUACUAUGAUGAUGAAGGGGUGGAGUAUUACUAUGGCGAAGAUGGGAUGCUGUAUGCAAUAGAACCAGAGCCCUAUGGUUACUAUGGUGAUGCCAUAGAUGGUUUCUAUGACCCAUAUUACCCUGAACUGUAUGAAGGUUACUUUGACCAAAAUAUUAGUUCUAACUAUGGCAUGCUUGACUCAUAUGGCAUGAUGGGUGGUGACUACAAUGCUGUUUCAGGCCUAUACAACGACCCGAUGCUGGGAUAUACACAGCCUGCUCCUAUUUAUAACCCCUAUCAGCAGCCUUUCCCUAUGGAUGCUGUGAUGGAUCCAGCUAUGACCGGACAGCUAUAUGGACAGGAACAGCUGUCUUAUCCUCCAGCUGAGCCAUUUCUUGCAGAACAGUUCAGGGUUCCCAGGCCUCAAGUUAGACUAUUUGGAAAAGACAGACUAGAUGUGGAAACUCUGCCACCGCCUCCUCUUCAUUCUCGCCCCUCCUCCCCAGUGUUUCCCCCUCCUUCUCCAGCGCUUGCCCUCAACAAUCUGGAAAUUAUGUCUGAUAUACAAUAUGAGCAACCCAUCCCUGCAUACAUUCCUGCGCAGGCUCAUUACCCCUCUGUCAUUAACCAGCAACAGCUCCCCAUUAUUCCUGGACACAUUCCCUCACCACCACCUAUGAGCAUUCAGCAGGAGCACGUCCCUCUCCUCCAUCAGCCCACUCACCCUCCUCUCACUAUUACUCCAAAUGUACCAGCCAUCCCUCCCACAAGACCCACAGAUGUUCCAGAUGGGGCAAAUGUCACCGAUGCCACCGAUGCCACCGAUGCCACCGAUGCCACCAAUGGUUCCCCAAAUGCAGCCAAUGGUUCCCCAAAUGCAGCCAAUGAUGCCUCCACUUAUGCAUUCACCACUGCAUUCGCCAGCGGCCUCACCCAGGCCAGUGCGACGAAUGAGUCCCUUUUCAUCCCCACAGCUGUCACUGAGACCAGGAUCAGUUAG